CGGCUCUUACAUCGGCUGUUCAGUGACAAAUAAAAACAAACAUGGCGUCGUCUUGGGAAGAGAACUUUUGCGACUUCUUUGGAUUAGAGAGCCUGCAUGACCAUCAAAAGUCCACUCUGGAGUUUUUGAUGAGUGGAAAGGACGUGUUCCUAAGUGUGCGAACGGGCGGGGGGAAAAGCCUAUGUUUCAUGGGAUUUCCAGUCGCAGCAAGACUCGCAAGAACCAGGAAAGAGUCGCGCGCUAGCAGCUGUGCAACUGAGAGCUGUUAGAGCGCGACUGGAGAGGAGUUCGUCUUAGUUGUAAGCCCGCUGAAUGCGAUAAUGAAGGAGCAUUGUGAGUUCUUGAACGGUCUUGGGCUGACGGCAGUUUGCCUCGGGAUGGACAGUAGAGAUACGGCGGGCAUUCUCGCUGGGAAGUUCCAGUUUGUACUCACCUCCCCCGAGACUAUCCUCGGCGAUGAAAAAUUCCGAGAGAUGUUGCGGUCUGAUGUUUACAAGGGACACGUUGGCCUGAUUGUGAUCGACGAGGCCCAUACUGUUGUCCAGUGGGGUGAAGCAUCGAGCGAUGAAGAACCCUUCAGAGAGUGGUUUUCAAAGCUUGGGGAAUUGCGGUGUUUAAUUCCAGGUACACCGAUGCUUGCAUUAACUGCUACUGCAAGCAAAAAAAGGCGGCGACGAAUCCAGAAGCUUCUAGCCAUGCAAGGGUGCAAGGAGUUUAUUGAUAACCCUGACAGGCAUAACAUCAAGCUACAUGUUCUCAAGGUAGACAGUAGUCAACCACUGAAGGAAACAUUUGAAUGGCUUCUAAAACUGGUGAGAAGUCACACAGAAGAUUCCAAGUGUCCAAGACUGCUUUUGUUCACCAAAUCCAUUGAUGACUGUACCAGGAUCUAUGUCUUAUGUAAGAGGUAUCUUGAGAAGGAGCACAUGAAGAGCGUAGAGAUGUACCAUUCUCAAACACCUGAAUCAACCAAGUGCAGGAUUCGGGAUGACAUGAGUAAACUGGAUGGCUCGGUUCGUGUUACUGGUCUGCACCACUGCGGCUGGAAUGGGAGUGAACUUUGCCGGUGUGGACAAUGUUGUCAACUAUGGUCCACCGCAGGAGAUUGAUACACUGCUACAGGAGCAGGGACGUGCUGGUAGGGGAGGAGGGCAAGCACAUCAUGUACUAAUCUAUAACAACAGACAACUGAGAAACCUUGAUCCAGAAAUGCUGAGAUA